GCCGCGAGCAAACUUCAAAAACAAGGGGAAGCCUUGCAGGCGACAGGGAGUUUUGUGGCAAAUACUGAACUGCGGGAGAAGUCGUGCUCCAUGGAGAACAUUGCAGAGCGCUGCGUAGGGAUCUCGCCUUCGGUGGCCCUCGAAAACGUACAGCACUUCAAUGCAAAAUGCUUAUGUAUGCUGCUGGAGAAUGUCAGUGGCUUAAUAGCUCAUGAUGACUUCCGUGUGGAAAUGAUACCUGAAAUAAAUGCUGCUGUGGCCACCUUCACAGAAAGUACUGAUGCUGAAGAAUUUGUCAAAAAAUGUGCAGAAAACAAGAGAAUUAAGAAAUUUAAAAUUACCGCCAGGCUUCUUGAAGUGACCCACAGCAUCAAGGCUGAAAACAUACCAGCUAGCGUUUCUAUGGACUAUAUCACUGUUUAUUUUGAGAGCACGCGCAACGGAGGUGGGCCCGUGUCGGACAUCCAGCUCCUGCCUGAGGAGCACUCGGCCAUCAUUACUUUCUGUGAUCCCAAAGAUAUAAGCACUAUCUUGGAAAAGCAGCAUUUACUUGAACGGACGCCAAUUUCUGUGCAUCCAUAUUACCAUUCCCUGGGAACAGCUCUCUAUGGAGAGGAAAGACCAACUGUCAAGAUGCCGGACCCCAUUGGGGUGCCACUAGAUCCAUAUAUCUGGCGGUUUUUACAAAGGCGGGAUAAACUGAUCCAAGAAAUAAACCAGGAAAUGGCAGUUUGCCAUUGUGAUCUGAAAUGGCCGCAGACCGAUUGUGCACAACCGGAGAUUAUGUUGUGUCCCUCAUCCUCCCUCUCUGAGCAGAAAAAGCUGAUGACUCAGUUGAUCAAAACAUGGAAGCAAGAUGCUUCUGCAGAGCUCUCACGCAUCAUGUCCCGGUACACAGCCAUCAAGUGUCAAGUAAAUUCAGCGGAUUGGGAAGAUGUGAAAGCCAGACUGGUGAAAGAUGUUGCUUUGAUUGUAAUGGAUGCCUCUGAGGAGAUGGUGGUGAUAGCUGGCAACAGAGCAGCUGUGGACAGUGCAGAGAAAGAAGUGAGGGAAUGCAUGGAAAAAGCCAUGAAAAAAAGUGAAAGGCAAAAACAGAGUAUAGAAAUUUCUGUAUCAGUGAUGUCAGGGAAGUAUGCAGUUUUGCACAAUGCUGGGCUGGAAGAGAAUAUUUACAAAGAAUAUCCAUGCUUAAAGAUCUUUUAUGAUGAUACAAAAAAAACUAUUCAGUUGUGUGGAUUACCUGCAGAAGUGUAUAAAGUCAAAGCUGACUUACUGGAAAAGGUACUGAACAUGCCAUACAAAUCAGUUAACGUUGCUCCCCAUGUUUUCCAUUAUCUACAACGUGUAGAUAAUAAAACAAUGUCAGAGAGAUUAUUUACUUUGAAAAAAAUUAAGGCUUUUUAUGAGCUUGAGGAUGAUACUGUAGUGCUGUUUGGAGACUCUCCUAAAGAUCUUCUAGAUGCAGAAAAGCAAAUAAAGACAGAUUUAGACUACAAGUGCAUUGAUCUGGAGGACUCUGAAGUCAUUAAAAAGCAAGAUUGGAGAAGUCUCGUUGUCUUCUCGUGUAAGAAGUACAAUUUUUCCCAGAAAACUGUAGUAAUUGAUGAACCUGCUGGAAAAGAAAAUAAAGUGAUCAUUACCGGCUUUUCUAAAGCCGUAGCAGAAGUUUAUCAGAACAUGUUUGAUUUUAUAGAUAGAAACACUCACAUGGAAAAAGUAAUCCCAGCUAAGUCAGUGGCAGUAGUGCAGUUCGUAGAGGAGGAAAAAUCCAGUGUUUGUCUUGAACUGGGGAAGAAAGGUGUGACAGUAUGUUUUGGCACCAAGGCACCAUCUAUUUCUCUGAGCGGACCAAGAGCAGAAGUGUCAAAGGCAGUCACCAUAUUUGAGCAAAUUCUCUCCUCGCUGCACUGUGAAAAUAGGGUAAUUGAUAAACCAGGAGCCAAAGAGUUUUUCACAGAGAGGAAAGAUCUGUAUGUUUUGGAGGCAAAGCAGAAAUACAACUGUUUGAUUAGGCUAGAAGUAGAACAAGAACAAACGAGUGAAAAAGUCGAUAAUAAAGAGAAAAGAGAGCUCCACUACAAGGAAACCCUGAAAGGUGGAGUUGUAAUAGCGGUUUAUAAAGGUGACUUGUAUAAUUAUCCAGUGGAUGUUGUGGUAAACAUAUUGAAUGAAGAUUCAAAACCUGUUGGUGGCCUUGCUGGGGCACUUCUACAAGCGGCUGGUCCAGACCUGCAAAGAGAGUAUGAGCAGCUUCUGGAGAAGCACAAGUGCUUGAAGCCUGGAUGUGCCAUCAUCACCGGCGCGGGGAAGCUCCCCUGCAAGCACGUGAUUCAUGCUGUUGGGCCCAGGUGGAGGAAAAAAGAGAUAGGAAAAUGUUUGCUCUUGGUAAGAAAGACAGUGAAUAAAUGUCUGCAGCUCGCCAAAACGUAUAAUCAUCGCUCCAUAGCUCUUCCCUGUAUAAACCCUGGGAUUUUUGGCUUCCCGCUGCAACUGUGUGCACAUUCAAUUGUAUCGUCCAUCAAGAAAACCUUGGCAGAAUCCACAGGGGACAGCAGCUUGAAGGAAGUUCAUCUUGUGGACAAUGCAGACAAAACAGUUCAAGUUCUGAGUGAGACAGUAAAACAAGUGUUUACUGCUAAAUCAUCCUCCCAGACAUCGCUGUCCCAGCCCUCUGAAAGCCAGAGCCCAAAGGAAACCCAGAAAGCCAAGAGAAAAGAGGAUCUGCAGAUGGUUACAACAAAUGAAGGACUGUGCAUCAGACUGGAGAAAAGAAAUAUCCAGGAUGCCACGACGGAUGUUAUUGUCAACAGCGUUGGCCUGGAUCUGCAGCUUGGCGUGGGACCUCUUUGCAAAGCCUUGCUGGAAAAGGCUGGACCGGGACUCCAGUUAGAGUUUGACAGGGAAAAGCAAGGACAGGUAGCUGGUCAAGGGACCGUGCUCUGCACUGGUGGAUGUAAUCUGUCCUGCAAGUCCGUGCUUCAUGCUGUUCUUCCUGGGUGGGACAGAGGAAAAGGACAGGCUCUGAAGACCCUAGAAGACAUAGUCAAUUGCUGCCUGCAGAAGACUGAAGCACUUGCACUGAAUUCGAUCACUUUCCCAGCAAUUGGAACUGGAGGAUUUGGAUUUCCGAAAUCCACCGUCGCUAAAUUAAUGUUCGAUGUAGUGUUCAAGUUCAGUAGCAGUCACGCUCCGAAGACCCUUCGGGAAGUUCACUUUCUCUUGCACCCGAAUGAUACCGAUAACAUUCAGGCAUUUACCAGUGAACUAGACUAUAGGGUAGCUGAGAAUCGCAGUGUUGCAGCACCACAGCAAACUUUCAUUGGGCCUGUUAGGACUAACGUGUUGGGAGUUCAUGAAAUGCAGAUUGGUUCUAUUACACUCCAAGUAAUUAUUGGAGAUAUUACUAAGGAAGACACAGACGUUAUUGUAAACAUAUCAAAUCCAACAUUUCAUGCCACAUCAGGGGUUUUCAAAGCAAUUAUGGAUGCUGCUGGUUCCCAGGUAGAAGGAGAAUGUGCUCAGUAUGCUGGGCAGCUUCAAAGUGGCUUUGUUACUACACAAGGUGGAAAGCUGCUGUGCAGUAAAAUCAUCCACUUGAUUCACAGUGCGGAUGUGAAGAAUCAGGUCGCCAAAGUGCUUCAGGAGUGUGAGCUUCGGAUGUACACGUCCGUGGCCUUCCCAGCAAUUGGAACAGCAUUUUUGUUGAGCAAAAAUCAGUCCACUGAGAAGAAACAACCCUUGGUUUUGGAGAAGAAAGUUGAGUUAGUCACAUUCCAGAUUUGUGGAGAAAGUCAAAAAAACGUGGAUGAUGCUGCAACCUGGAUAAUGAAUUUGAUUUUAAAGGAACAGUGUGAAAACGUUAUUUCAGAUGAGCUAAUUGAAAGUUUUGAUCAGAGACAGAUGAAGACUCUGGCAGAUCUUCAGAGAACAAAACACGUUACCAUUCAGCUUGAAAUCAACCAGUCUUCCCCGCACAUUAAAAUUUCUGGUAUUAGCCGCGAUGUCUAUUCUGUUUCUGUGGAAGUUCAAAAUAUGAUCCAAAAACUCAAGGAUACUCAGGAAGAACAAUCUAAGGCAGAACUUGUUUAUAACCUAGUCGAAUGGAGGUAUCCAGGAAGCAAUGAUACUUUUGUAGCUUUUGAUAAGCUGACAAAUAUGCAGCUGGAAGAUGCCAAAAUAGCUAAAAAAACACAUGUUACUGUCAAAAUUAAGAAUAAGGAUUACAAAGUGGAUCUGAACACUCUACACGCUAAUGAUGAUCAAGGAACAACUAUAAGGAUUCAACGUGUGCCAAAGAAUGAAGAGAAGGAGUAGAGAGAGCUGCCCACCAAGUGGGAAGACAUGAAGGAGGAGCGGGUCAGGGUGGUGAACCUCCCGCCGGCGAGUCAGGAGUAUCUGGAUGUUAAGAAGGCGUUUCAGAAAACCUGUCCCAGCCACACCAUAGAGAAGAUUGAAAGAAUACAAAAUCCCUUCCUCUGGCAGACCUACCAACUCAAAAAGAGAUCUCUGGACAUAAAGAACAAAAAUCAGAAUAAUGAGAAGUUGCUGUUUCACGGGACAGCAGGAUCCUCAUUGAGCACCAUCAAUUACAAUGGAUUUAAUCGUGGCUUUGCUGGAAAAAAUGCUGCCGCGAUUGGAAACGGAACCUACUUUGCCGUUGGGGCGAAUUAUUCUGCUCAGGAUACUUAUUCCAGACCGGAUACGAAUGGCAAAAAGCACAUGUACUUGGCUCGGGUCCUCACCGGGCAAUACUGCGCUGGGAGCGCAGGACUGAUUACUCCCCCACCAAAAAACGCAGCAGAUCCCACCGACCUGUACGACAGCGUGGUCGAUAAUGUGAAUCUUCCAACAAUGUUUGUCAUAUUCAACGACAUUCAGGCCUACCCAGAGUACCUGAUUACUUUCAGGACCUAGAAUAUUUUUAAUAUAAAGUGCCAAGGGGCUGCCUGCGAGGGCUUACUUAAAACACUUGCUCUCCGAGGCAGUAACCUUGCUCUCCGGGGCAGUUUUCUCAGGGCUCCACGGACCUUUGUAGCCGGCAGGAGUCCCAAAGGGCCUCUGCGAGCGUUGUCUCAGCCCUGCCCCGUGCCGUCGGGGCGCGCGCGGUGAGCUCCGGGGUACAAAUUCCUCAAUUUAGAGCCGUUCCUUAGGGGCGUUUGGCGCAGUUCCCUGCCUCACGGGAAUCAGAUCUUCUGCCUGCGGGA